AUGGCCGCGCAGACCACCAGCCCGCUCGGCCGGUGGAAGCGCUUCUUCGGCGCCUUCGACUCCGUCGACGCGGCCAUCGAGGCGGCCGACCCUGACAUGUGCCGCGACGAGCUCCGGCGCGCCAGGGGCGAUAUCUUCGAAGGGCUCUGCAACACCGCGGACGACGGCAAGGCGGAGAAGCUCUGCGGGGUUCUCGACGGCUUGAUGGCAGAGUCCCUCGAGACGCUGCGGUUGACUCCGGUGACGCCCAAGGUGCUCGCCACCACGGACCUCGCCAAGGCCGUCCGUGCGCUGCAGAAGCACGAGUCCGAGCGGGUCCGCGUCCUCGCCAGGGGCAUCGUGAGCGAGUGGAGGGCGUCCGCGCUGGGCGACGUCGCCGGAGAGCCGGACAACUUCAACGCGCCUCAGCCCAAGGAGACCGUCGAGCAGCAGCGUGUCAGCGCAACGACGACGGAGCGGCCUUCCUCCAACAAGAUCGUCGUUCAUGAUCGGCAGCAUGCCUCGGCCGAUCUUGACUCGAAGAAGAAGAAGAAGACGGUGGAGAUCAGCAGCAAGGCGUCCGAUCUCGUCGGCGGGAUCAGCAUGGCGAAGCCCAAGGAGGUCACCGUCUGUCAGCGUGUCAAUGUCUCGGCCGAUCCAGACGCGAAGGCAAUGGAGGCCGCGAAGCGCAAACUCCAUGAGAGGUACCAACAAGCAUCGGAUGCCAAGCGGCAGCGCAGGGUGCAACUCGUGGAGGCGCCGGAGAUGGUGAAGCAGAGGCGGGAGAGAAGCCUGGCGGGGUGCGCCACCUCAAUGCGCAAGAAAACCUUCUCCGUCAGUGCAGCUUCGCAGGGUUUAGCAGGCUAG